AUGCAGGAGUUGAUAGCUGGCCUGCAAACAAUGAGGUUUGAUUUUGAGAAUAUUCUGGAGCAACAAAGAGGGAUUCUGGAUUUGCCAUUUUCUGGCAUGGACAAAUCUGCUUCAGCAGUUUGCGAGUUUUUUAUUAAAGGUGAAUGCUUAAAAGAAAACUUGUGCCCCUUUCGUCAUAGCCACGGUGAAAAGUCUGUUGUGUGCAAACAUUGGCUCCGAGGCCUGUGCAAAAGAGGGGAUCAGUGUGAAUUUUUGCAUGAAUAUGACAUGACAAAAAUGCCACGGUGCUACUUCUAUACAAAAUAUGGGGAAUGCAGUAAGAAAGAGUGCUCUUUCCUGCACAUUGACGUGAAAAUGAAAACUCAAGACUGUCCAUGGUAUGAGCAGGGAUUCUGCAAAAAUGGCCCUCUGUGCAAAAAUAAACACACCAGGAAGGUAAUAUGUGUUAAUUAUCUCGCUGGGUUUUGCCCUGAAGGAACGGAAUGCAAAUUUUCACAGUAG